UUGGCACCCAGACGUUUUCGUGCCUUUCGCUGUUUCUUUUCAACCGCCUCUCAGUUGCUUUGCUCCUCUCCGUGUUGACAGGUCAGCGUUGCUUCUGUCAUGGCUCAAGAAAACUUGUCGGUGGUCCUGCACUCUAAGGGAGACCUCAGGCUUGAAAACCGCCCGAUCCCGGAGCCAGGACCUGAUGAUGUUUUGCUUCAAAUGCACUCUGUGGGAAUCUGUGGAUCGGAUGUGCACUACUGGCAACAUGGACGAAUCGGAGACUUUGUGCUGAAGAGCCCGAUGGUGCUGGGACACGAGGCUGCAGGGCGGGUGGUGAAGGUCGGCUCAGGGGUCAAGCACCUGAAAGCAGGUGACAGAGUGGCCAUCGAGCCCGGUGUGCCCCGCCAGAUGGACGAGUUUUUCAAAAGUGGACGAUACAACUUGUCUCCCACCAUUUUUUUCUGCGCCACCCCUCCUGAUGAUGGAAACUUGUGCCAAUACUACACACACAAUUCCAACUUCUGUUACAAGUUGCCUGAUAAUGUCACAUUUGAGGAGGGAGCUCUUAUUGAACCUCUCUCUGUGGGGAUUCACGCCUGCCGCCGUGCCGGCGUAACCCUUGGCAGCACUGUGCUCAUCUGUGGUGCAGGCCCUAUUGGGUUGGUAUGCUUGCUUGUUGCCAAGGCAAUGGGAGCCUCGCAAGUUGUCAUCACGGAUCUUGCAGCAGAGCGUCUGGCCAAGGCCAAGGAGCUGGGCGCAGACUUCCAGGUGAAAGUAAACAGAGCAGAUGGACCCCAGCAGCUGGCCAAGAGAGUCGAGGACAUGUUGGGAGCUCAGCCUCAAAUCACUGUUGAAUGCACCGGUGUCGAGAGUUGCAUCCAAACUGCCAUCUACGGGACACGUUCAGGCGGCGUGGUGGUGUUGGUGGGUCUUGGUGCGGAGAUGGCCACGGUUCCUCUGAUCAACGCCGCCGUCAGGGAAGUGGACAUCAGAGGAGUCUUCCGUUACUGCAAUACCUGGCCGAUGGCCAUCGCCAUGCUGGCAUCGGGUAAAGUGAAUGUGAAGCCCCUGGUGACCCAUCGCUUCCCUCUGGAGCAGGCAGCCCAGGCCUUUGAGACCACACGUCAAGGUGUUGGGAUAAAGGUCAUGUUGAAGUGUGACAAAAAUGAUCAGGGACCCUGAACCGUUGUGCUGCAAUGAAACAAAACAGACUGAGAGUGACAACAUGACAGAUACAAACCUCACAAUAACAGUACGUUUGAGUAUAAAACACUAAUCGGAGCACUGUGAAAGACAGCCUGCUGCAUUCCAGCUGGACAGAGCCGUAAUCAGCACUGGAUGGUACGAGUAACUGCUCAACUAUGUUCAAACAAUGGUUAAUGUAUAUUUGAUUCAUCAGUCUCGUAUUUUAUAUCAAAAAAGAAUUUAAAUGGUGCAACGGAUUUUAAAAUAAUCUUUUUUAUUAUAAUGAAAUUAUAAAGCGUUUUGCUUUUCUUUUUGGAAAUGAUUUUCUGUAGUAUAUUCACUACCGACCUUUUACCACUAGAGGGCACAAGAAGCUCAAAGUGAAAUGAUAAGGAACAAUUGUACCAGUGCGUUCCAUUUGCAAUUGUUGUUUACAAUUUUUUUUUUUUUUUUUUUUUUACAUUAGGCACAUAGUAAAUCUUUGUAUUUUAAAGCUACAGGAUGACUGGAAAUGAUGCAAUACUAGCUGAGUAGCGCAGCCAGUUGAUGCUGGCUAAACUGGUACCAAUAUCAAAACUUUCUUAGCAGAUAUGUUGACUUAAGUGCAGGGAAGGCACAACAUUGUUAUUUUUGGUGGCUGUAUUCCAUUUAGGUUCAGGGCUUUUUUAAUGUGCAUCCCAAUAGCUUCUUCCAUUAAUGUAAAUGUCACAGUUAAACAAUUAUAACAUGAUAUACAACUGUACUUCUCGAUUUUAUUGUCUGCCUCAAACAAUAUAUCCUGUUGUCUUACCUUCUGUAAGCUGUUUCUGUUGCUCUUCUGUUUCAAAGUUAAAGGCAAAUAUUUGAUAUAACACAUCAUUUCCUUAAAAGUUGGAUGAUGCAUAAGCUGACAUUAAAAAGAAAUUAUAUGAAAGUACAACUUGACAAAUGUUAAAACUAAAAAAUAUGUUUUAUAUUGAUUCCACUUAUACAGUUGUUACAAGAUUAAUCUACAACAAUUUUAUUGAAAAUCUCAGCUAUGUUUUUCACAUUACAAAAUAUGAACUAGUAUCCUCCCAAAACUGUGAUUCCAGGAUUUUCUGCAGGGGUUGCAUGUGCAGAUUGUGGUUUGGCAUUGUCUUGCAGAAGCAAUCCAGGAUUUCCUUGUAAAGUGAGUGGCAGCGUUUGCUGCUCAAAAACGUACUUGCAUCAUUCUGGAUCAAUAAUGUCUUCACAGAUGUGCAAGUAACCCAGGACGUGUGCACUGAGGCCUUCCCAUCGCAUUUGGAACUUGAGCUUUAAUAUAUUACGCUUAAACCCUGGAACUGUCUUGUCCAUAAUUUCCAGGCGUUUUUUUUUUUUUUAUUUAUUUCCCUCGGUCCAUCUUAGAUGCAGCUGGACCAAAACCCGGUUUGUUUUACCUCACAUUUCUGAAUAUGGCAACAAAUCUGGUUGACUACAAACAUGGAGUUUCUUUAUUAAAUCAUGUAAAAUCUC